AUAACUAUGCUUAUUUUGAUAUUAAUUUUAUAUUUAUUAUAUUACUUUUUUUUAAACACUUCAAAAUCUUUAAAUUUAAACUUUUCUUCUAUAUAUGAAUGUGGUUAUAUAAAUUUAAAUUAUUCUCGUUUUUAUUUUUCUAUCUAUAAUUAUAUAUAUUUAAUCUUAUUUUUAAUUUUAGAUUUAGAAAUCUUUUUUAUUUCUUUAAUAAUUUACUUUAAUUUUAAUUUUUUGAUAAUAAUAAUAGUAUUUAUUUUUUUUUUAAUUUUUAUAAUAUUAUAUGAAUGAAUUAAUUUAAGUUUAGAUUGAUUUAAAAAUUAA